AAGCGCAAUAAAUCAGCCCAUUGAUGACUGUCAUUUUUACUCAUCUAAAUAAAUCUGAGAAAUAGGAAAGAUUGAAACUUUCUCCAUUUCAUCCAUGGAAUUUGUUGCAGAAGAAGGGAGGCAACUCAACUCCUCUUCUUCCACUCUCAUUCUGCCUGCAUUGUCGAUUGGUAACAUUGGGCAGUUAGCUGUUGAUCUUUUGAUCGCUUCUUUAAAUGCUAAAAGGGUUGGGUUUCUUGAUGAGCCCUCUGUUUUGCCAUGUGUUGGGAAUGAUGCUUAUGGUCCGAUGCCCGAAGGAGACCUUGCCAUACCCCUCGAAGUUUAUGAUGCUCCAUCUCAUGGAUUGAGUCUCAUCCAACAGAGGUCUCCAGUUGUCAAGGGGAUGAUGAUUGAGUUUGCAAAGAAUCUCGCUUCUUGUGCAUCUGACAUGGGUAAAACACAUAUUAUUAUUUUGUCGGGUCUAGAUUCGGGAAGGAGGCGAAGAUGUGACUUGUCUAGUAACAUGCAGAUUCAUUAUAUUUCGAGUGCAAGUGUGGAUGGAACAGAUGAGGUAUGCAAGCAUUUAGGGUGGAAAAGACUUCCAGAAUACAGUCCAACCCAGAAGAGAUGGCAAUAUCUUGUUUCUUUAUCAGAAGGAAAUAUUGUGCCAGAUGACUUCCUCUCUUUUGAUGAUGAGUUGACAGAUGAAGAUUAUUACCCGAGUCUACCUUUUGCUGCCUUAUUUUCUUGCUGCAAGGCAAAAGAUUUGAAAGUGACUUGCAUAUUGAGCUAUUGUUCUGAAGGAGACAAUAUACCUGAUUCUUUCCGAAUGGCAGAGGCAGCAUGCCAUCUUCUUGGUGUGAGAAUGAAUGACAUCCAUGCAAAUGAACCUGGAGGAUGGCUUAUUCCUCUAUCAUGGAAGACUGUUUAUGGUCCCCCUCCAGAUAUCUCACUAUUCUAGAAGGAGAGCCUGGGAUCAUUUUUGUGGCAGAGGUGAGGUUUAUGUGGACUUGUUUCCACGAAAAAAAUAUUUUUAAGCAAUCAUUGUGGAGAGUUGUGCAUGGUUACAUUAAUAUGCAGAACACUAGAAAUGAAGAAAUUAUCAAAAUUUAUGAGUUUUGAAUUUUGAUUAUGCGUAAAUGAUGUCUGACCAGUAGUAGUUGAACCACGAGUUAUGUUGGAAAUGUAUUUAGUCCAUGACGUUCAUACUUAAGUUUCUCUUUGUUCAUUUAGGCAUGUAAGGAAUUGAAAUAUGAAUUUUAUGGGUUUCAUAAUAAGAUCUAAAGAUCGUCAUCAUCA